AUGUACAACCUGCUUUCCCGCUCGUUGGACAGUUUUUGCUUUUUUUACUCUCGAAAAUUCUCACCAAACUCUCGUUUGCGUCUUUUAGACAGAGAAGAAAAACAAACGUUUUCAUAUGAUUGUUUAAUUCUUUUGCUUCCAUUCGAUCUGCCAUUACGUCAUACCUUUCAUUCUUUUUUUAUUUCUCAGAGUAUCUUUUAUUCUUUCUUUCUUUCUUUUACAUACCUUUCUUUCUUUUUUUAUUUCUCAAUGUACCUUUUAUUCUCUCUUUCUUUCUUUCUUUUACAUACCUUUCUUUCUUUUUUUAUUUCUCAAAGUACCUUUUAUUCUUUCUUUCUUUCUUUCUUUCUUUCUUUUACAUACCUUUCUUUCUUUUUUUAUUUCUCAAAGUACCUUUUAUUCUUUCUUUCUUUCUUUUACAUACCUUUCUUUCUUUUUUUAUUUCUCAAAGUACCUUUUAUUCUUUCUUUCUUUCUUUCUUUCUUUUACAUACCUUUCUUUCUUUUUUUAUUUCUCAAAGUACCUUUUAUUCUUUCUUUCUUUCUUUUACAUACCUUUCUUUCUUUUUUAUUUCUCAAAGUACCUUUUAUUCUUUCUUUCUUUCUUUCUUUCUUUUACAUACCUUUCUUUCUUUUCUUAUUUCUCAAAGUACCUUUUAUUCUUUCUUUCUUUCUUUCUUUCUUUUACAUACCUUUCUUUCUUUUUUUUAUUUCUCAAAGUACCUUUUAUUCUUUCUUUCUUUCUUUCUUUUACAUACCUUUCUUUCUUUUUUUAUUUCUCAAAGUACCUUUUAUUCUUUCUUUCUUUCUUUCUUUUACAUACCUUUCUUUCUUUAUUUAUUUCUCAAAGUACCUUUUAUUCUUUCUUUCUUUCUUUUACAUACCUUUCUUUCUUUUUUUAUUUCUCAAAGUACCUUUUAUUCUUUCUUUCUUUCUUUCUUUCUUUUACAUACCUUUCUUUCUUUUUUUAUUUCAUAAAGUACCUUUUAUUCUUUCUUUCUUUCUUUCUUUCUUUUACAUACCUUUCUUUCUUUUUUUAUUUCUCAAAGUACUUUUUAUUCUUUCUUUCUUUCUUUCUUUUUACAUACCAUUCUUUUUUUUAUUUCUUAAAAGUACCUUUUAUUCUUUCUUUCUUUCUUUUUACAUACCUUUCUUUCUUUUUUAUUUCUCAAAGUACCUUUUAUUCUUUCUUUCUUUCUUUCUUUCUUUUACAUACCAUUCUUUCUUUUUUUAUUUCUCAAAGUACCUUUUAUUCUUUCUUUCUUUCUUUUACAUACCUUUCUUUCUUUUUUUAUUUCUCAAAGUACUUUUUAUUCUUUCUUUCUUUCUUUCUUUUACAUACCAUUCUUUCUUUUUUUAUUUCUUAAAGUACCUUUUAUUCUUUCUUUCUUUCUUUUACAUACCUUUCUUUCUUUUUUUAUUUCUCAAAGUACCUUUUAUUCUUUCUUUCUUUCUUUCUUUCUUUCUUUCUUUCUUUCUAAACAUGUUUAUUCUUUCUUUAAUAGUCCUCCUGAAUUCCAUAUUUCUUUUAUUCUUCCUUUUCUCUUCUUUAUUUGAUCCUUCUUCCUUUUGUUCCUUUCCACCACCCAUCCCUUUUUACUUUCUUUUGCUAUCCCUCAAUACCUCCGCCGUCUCCUCAUCUCCGCUGCCCAUGAUUUUCAGACCACUUCGUAAUUGCCUUUCACAACGGGGCUAUUAUUCUUUUCAUUAUCUAUCUAUCCAUCUAUCUAUCUAUCUCUUGUAA